AUGUCCAAGUUCUUACUAACGAGACGCGUAAGUUUAAUUCGCAAACAAGCUAACAAACGGCAAAUCGAUGUGCAGCUAAGCAAGAAGCUGUCCUGGUUGCUGCGGCACGGUGCAAAAACGGAGGGAAUUCCCAUCCGGGAGGAUGGCUUUGUGAGUGUUUCCGAUUUGCAGGAGCACCCGCGGUACAGGGCCUUUACCUUGGACAAAUUGGAGGGGAUUGUAUCCACGGAUGCCAAACAGCGAUAUACUCUUCGCUGGAAUGAAGAUUGUGGACUCCACGAAAUUCGCGCCAAUCAGGGACACUCUCUUUCGGUGUUGGCUGGCGAAGGUGGCGGUCUGGAGAGGAUUACCCUCAAGGGACAGGUUCCAUUGGCAGUCCACGGCACCUUCUACCGCCAUUGGGAAGCGAUAAAGACCCAAGGUCUUAGCAGGAUGAAGCGCAACCAUGUGCAUUUUGCCAGCAGCGAUAGAACCGACUGCACCCUCAGUGGAUUCCGCAGCGAUUGUCAAAUUUUGAUAUAUCUUAAUGUAGAAAAGAUUUUAGCGGAUGGCAUACCUUUCUACCGCUCUAGCAAUAGUGUACUGCUCUGUCCAGGAAUCAAUGGCUUUAUAUCCAAAUCAUAUUUCCUAAAGGUGGUGGACAGGAAAACGGGGCAGUCUCUUACUUAUUGA